AUGGUAUUCAUCAACCAAGCAAACUUACAAUACUUAACUCAGCACAAAUACCAAAGUACUGGCUAUUCAAAAUUAGACAACCUUUUGAAUUAUUUUUGGUGUUGGGUGGUCUCUCUGCUCCCUGACUGGCUUGCUCCCAACCUUAUCACUAUACUUGGCUUAAUCUGCAUGGCUGGCUCAUAUCUUAUCAUGGUUCCAUUUGACACAACCUUUCUUAAGCCAAUGCCAUCCUAUAUUUUAUUAUUUUCAGCUUUUCUCCAAUUUAUGUACCAAACACUUGAUGCAUGUGACGGAAAGCAAGCCAGAAAAAUUAAUCAAAGCUCUCCUUUAGGUAUGCUUCUAGAUCAUGGUUGUGAUUCUUUAUCAUCUACAAUCUUACUGCUAGACAUAUUGCAAGGAUUGAGUUUAGGGAUCACAGCUGAGAGCAUUACGUUUUAUUGUUUAGUUUUGAUUUGCUUUUAUCUAGCGACAUGGGAAGAAUAUCAUACUCAUUAUUGCAGAACCCAAAUAGGAAGCUGGGGAGUCACAGAAAGCCAGAUGACGUCAAUAACAGUUUUUACAAUUUCAGCACUUUUUGGAAAUGAUUUUUUGAAAACACCAAUUAUUUUUGGAUAUAGCGCAAUAAACCUAUUAAUAUAUGGAAACAUAAUAAUUGCUUCUAUUACAUCAAUGUAUAUGAUAUAUUGUGUUUUCAUUACAACAAAAGAAAAAUUAAAAGCUUUAUUAAGGCUUCUUCCUAUUAUAGAAAUGACUGUAAGCUUAGUAUUAUGGAAAAGCCACCCUUUGACACCUACUUAUGGACCUCUUAUUUUCAUGAUACAUGGAGUAAUUUUUUCGGCUAUUUGUUCAAGACUAAUUAUUUGCAGUGUAUCAAGAAUGAGCUUUGGCUGGUUCGACUUUUGUGCAGUUUUAGAGCUUGUAUUGUUAAUUGAAAAUUAUUAUAUCCAAACGCUACCAAUAUUUACAUCACUUCUUGUAUUUAGUGCUAUUAUAAUUGCAAUAUAUUCUUUAUUUGUAAUUGGAGUUGUUUAUCAAAUUGCUAAUUAUUUGGGAAUUUCUGUGUUUAAAGUUAAACUUAAACAAUAA